AUGGGCAGAAGCAGCAUACAGGUGACUCUGGGCCAUAUCGUCCACACCAGGGAAGGAACAGAACCCUGGAGAACAGGUACUGUAGGCACCCUCCUCACCCCCCGAGUGUCUACCUUCCUCCUCCUCCUCCCCCUGCACCAGGAUAAAAGGUAUUUGCAGUCAGCCAUGGUCCAUCACAGUCACUUGGCCUACAUACUCACAGACCAGAUGCACUGCUUCUCAGCUUUCUUACUAGGGCUGCUGUUGCCCAUGAUGCUGUCUAGCCAUCCCCAGGUAAAGCCCUUGCAGGUAACAAACCCUCACAAUGACACCACCUACAGUUUGAAUCAGCAUCAGGCAGUAUACAAGAUGGUGAGAAAUGUGGCAGGCUCCAUGGAUGAACAAGGCAAUUACAUCUGUGUGGUCUAUCUAACCAACAGCCCCAUCUCCCUGAAGCAAAUAGAGAAGCUACAGAAUUCUUCAGAAGAGCUUGUGGAAAAGUAUGAGCUGAAGCUUUCCAAAGAGGAUGAGUAUAUUCAGGCCCUCGGGGCCCAGAAGAAGCCAGUGCUAGAACAUAUGCAGCCCCUGGAGGGGAGCCAAAAGGGCUCUGGAUCAGAGUCUGGGUCUGGCCACACCACCUACUCCUCAACUGAUCACUGGGAAGCCCUUCGGUGGGAGCUACUGGGAUCUGAGAGACUGCUCAACCAGCUCAAGGCCCAGGGUAGGGUGAUGGGAGGCAAAGGCAGCAGCACUGAUUGGAUCCUCCAAAGAGUCCAGGGACAGAUACAAAAUGCCAGCAUCAUACUACGGCAUCUCGCCAACUCACAGAAAGACAACUUACGAACCACUGUCCAGGAGGUGAGUGCUUUGGAAGGCCAGUUGAAUGACUGUGAGCGAUAUUGGAGCCCUGGCCACCAGGUCCAGAAUCUUCCUCCUGGUUCCUGUGCCCAUGGCACUCUGCUCAGCAUCAGUCAUCCCCUUGUGGUUCAACUCAACUGGCGUGGUUUCCACUACAAGGCUGGUGCCUGGGGUCGUGACACUGGACUCAACCUCACUUCCUCUCUCUACUGGGUGGCCCCACUUCGUUCUGAUGGCAGGUAUUUUGACUACUACUGGCUGUACAAGUCCUAUGAUGACCUAGUACUGUUCCAGGACUAUAUAGAAUGGAAGAUGGGCUAUGGGGAUGGGAGUGGCAACACCGUCUACAAGAACUUCAUGUAUUUCAACUACUAUGGCACUGGUGACAUGGCCAAGGUGCACCUGGCCACCAACACUCUGGUGCUUCGCCAGCCCCUGCUGGGAGCUACCUACAACAAUCGCUUCUCAUAUGUUGGUGUGCCCUGGAAGGACUUGGACUUUGCUGGGGAUGAAAAGGGGCUCUGGGUAGUAUACUCCACAGAAGAGAAUAAGGGUAACCUGGUGGUGAGCCGGCUCAAUGCCAGCACCCUGGCUGUGGAGAAGACCUGGCACACGGGACAAUACAGGCCAGUGAUAUCAGGAACCUUCAUGGCUUGUGGGGUCCUCUAUGCCCUGCGUUCCCUGAGCACUCGCCAGGAGGAGAUAUUCUAUGCCUUUGACACUAACACUGGGCAGGAGCUCCACCUCAGCAUCCUACUGGACAAGAUGCUUGAGACCCUGCAGAGCAUCAACUAUAGCCCCUUGGAUCACAAGCUUUAUGUCUAUAAUGAUGGUUAUCUUGUCACUUAUGACCUUGUCUUCCAGCAGUUUAGGCUACCACCAUCUGCCAUAGAUGCAAAGGUGGGGCCCAAGGGCAUAAAGGGCAUAAAGGCCUAG